GCGAGCAUUGUGCAAUUGGCGAGCAGGCGUCGGGUUCGGAGAGAGAAGCGAGAGAUAGGAGGUGGGAUCUGGGCUGCAGCGUGGACUCUGCGCCGCCGUGCUCCGGCCAGGAUCUGACGGUGACUGGUUUGCUGGACGUGUAAGCCCCUCCUUCCGCCCCUCCCCCCACCGCCUCCUCUUCCCAGCGCUGCACCCUCUCACUGCAUGCACUGCACCGUCCCCUGAGCCAGAGCCAGAGCCUACACUGUAUGUCCGCCUUCCCUCCCCGGGCAACAUGAUCGGACAGCCAUAGCCUCAUCCCGCUUCCUGGGCCAGCCAGUGACGAGAGCCACCUGCAAAUGAAUUCCAUGAACCCCAUGAAACCAUCGCACCCUGGCACAGGACACAGUGAUGGUUCAUUUGCAUACGAGUCUGUUCCCUGGCAACAAAACACCAAUCAAGCUCCUGGAUCGCUCUCCGUGGUAACCACUGUCUGGGGUCUGAGCAACACGUCGCAGAGCCAGCAGGGUCUUGGAAAUCCUAUGGUGCCCAGUGGAGGCCCCACAGGGGGCGGAGUCAUGCCAGGCUUGCCUGGCAACGGAGGAGGAAUGGGGAACCCCCAAUUUAUUAACCAGCAAGCAUAUUCUGAAGGGGCUGCUGGAAAGGGGUAUCUUCAGCAGAGCAUGUACGGACGUGGAGGCUAUCCAGGGGGAUCAGCCUACCCAAACAGUUAUCCUGGAGGUCCACAAUCUGCUGGUGGGCUAGGCAUGCCUCAGCACACGGGUCGUGGUCCUACCGACUUUACACAAGCGGCUGCUGCAGCAGCAGUGGCAGCAGCUACUGCAACAGCAACCGCAACAGCGACUGUAGCUGCACUGCAGGAAAAGCAGAGCCAGGAACUAAACCAAUACGGAGGGGUGGGGCCUUCUCAUAAUUAUGGUGGGCAGUUCAUGUCUCAUUCUGGACCCCGUGGACCUUCCAUGCAGGGCGGAAUGAAUUCUGCAGGCAUGGGAUCAGUUAUGAGUGCUGCCGGCAUGGCUCAAAUGGGCAUGAAUGCUUCAAGAGCUCAAGGCAUGAACCCUAUGUACGCCCAACAAAGGAUACCACCUAAUGGUUACACUGGGCAGCUACAAGGCCAACAAAUGCCUAGGCAAGCAGUGAAGAGGACAUAUUCCAAUGAGGGUUAUGCACCUCAGCAGUACAUACAAGGAGGGCAGUAUCCACAGCAUGCAGCCCAGUAUGCCCCUUCUGCCCCUCAACAAUCUGCCCCAUCACCUUCCUACCCUGGGCACCGUGUACAGCAGAACAUGACGCAGUACAUGUCCCAGACGGGUCCUGGGGGACCUUUUUACAAGCUGACUGACCAAUACAAUGGACAGGGCAAUAACUUCAAUGGAGGAAACUUCACCUACAGUCAAACGAUGAGUGGGCCGCAACGCUCAAUGCCUGGAUAUCCCAGUUCUCCGUUGCCUGGUAACCCCACACCGCCUAUGACACCUGGUAGCACAGCUCCACAAUAUAUGUCACCAGGGCAGGAUGUCAAGUCCCCGUUCCUUCAAGAUGUGAAACCUCCACACAACACCCUGCACCCGUCACCAACAGGUGCUUCCAAUGAUGAGCUACGUCUGACGUUCCCAGUGCGAGAUGGGAUUGUGCUAGAGCCUUUCCGAUUGCAGCAUAACCUGGCCGUCAGCAACCACGUGUUCCAUUUGAGGGAAUCUGUAUACAAGACCCUUAUGAUGCGGCCUGAUUUAGAGCUGCAGUUCAAAUGUUACCAUCAUGAAGAUCGGCAGAUGAACACAAACUGGCCGUGUUCUGUCCAGGUCAGCGUCAAUUCCACACCACUGAGCAUUGAGCGCGGAGACAACAAGACUUCCCAUAAACCCCUCUAUCUGAAACAAGUGUGUCAGCCUGGAAGAAACAGCAUCCAGAUUACCGUCAGUGCCUGCUGCUGUUCUCACCUGUUUGUGCUGCAAUUGGUGCAUCGUCCAUCUGUAAGAUCUGUCCUACAAGGUUUGAUAAAGAAGAGGCUGCUCCCUGCAGAGCACUGCAUUACCAAAAUUAAGAGAAAUUUCAGCAGUGGCAGCAUCCCAGGAACCCCUGGGCCUAAUGGGGAGGAUGGGGUGGAACAGACUGCUAUUAAGGUAUCUCUGAAAUGUCCAAUCACCUUCCGCCGAAUUCAACUUCCUGCCAGAGGCCAUGACUGUCGGCACAUUCAGUGCUUUGACCUGGAGUCGUACCUGCAGCUGAACUGUGAGCGAGGGACAUGGCGAUGUCCUGUGUGCAAUAAAACUGCCCUUUUGGAGGGCCUGGAAGUUGAUCAGUACAUGCUGGGGACUCUCCUCUAUAUUCAAAACUAUGACUAUGAAGAGAUUACGAUUGAUCCUUCAUGUUGCUGGAAGCCAGUCCCAGUGAAGCCAGAUACCCAUAUAAAGGAGGAGUCGGAUGGACCGGUUCUUAAGCGAUGUAGAAGUCUCAGCCCGGCACACAUGGUAAUGCCGAACGUCAUGGAGAUGAUUGCUGCACUGGGACCAAGUUCUUCUCCAUUCAACAGCAUGCAGUCAGGGGGAGGCAAUGGAGCUGACUACGGCAGCCAGCAGGGCCCCACUUUCCAGAAUCAAGGGGGAUACCCUGAAGGCAGUUUCCAUUCAUCAAAUCCUGGCACCCCAACAAUGAAUGACUUUAACACCGGUGGCCCUCCACCCAUCUCUUACCAGUCUGACAUUCCAAGCUCCAUGAUGAACCAGGAGAAGCCUGGGGGACCCUCGCUAACCGGACAGGAAGAAAAAUGGAUGGCAGCUAAAUUCUAUAGAACGCUUCACACGAGCCAGUUGCAGAUGCCUGGCACAGGGCGGAUAGAUCCAUCCCAUAAUCAAGUACAGUCACUUCACACCUCCAACAUGAACAGCCAGUCACCACAGUUACACCACCGGAACCAAGCAAGGCCAAAUAUGGCUCAGCCUGGGGGUGAUCUGGCAUUUAACCCCACAAUCUCGGGUACUGGAGACGUGAACGAACCCCCACUUGAUCUUCUCCCUGAACUGACCAAUCCAGAUGAGCUGCUCUCGUACCUGGGGCCACCGGACCUUCCAAACAGUGGCAACGAUGACCUUCUGUCCCUUUUUGAGAAUAACUGAGCCCCUUGUACAAUAUACAUAUAUGUUAUUUCCAAGCCCAACUUUGAAUGAAAUGGGUGAUGGGAGCAAAUCUGAGCACAAGACCUGAUCUGAGUGAGCCCAUUCCACAUCACAAGUGGACAUGGGAUGUCACUGGACAUUUUAGAUCAUUGCACUAUUUUAAGUCCUUCAGUGCUGCUCCAUAAGCUUUGGAGGUCAUCUCUACAGACCAUAACCCUGCUUUACAUGUUCUAUCAAAGUCUCAUGCACAUUAUCUGCUAAAAUGAAGAUCUGCAGAUGUGAUCAUUUUGAGAUACCAGCAAUGUUUCUUCAGUUAUUACCUCCACGGCCGGGCAGAGGUUUCCCCAGUGAUCUGCUAAGCACCCUUAGGGCCCUCUGUACACCAAUUUUUACUCCUUCACUAAGAAACGACCUGCAAAGUCUAGCCAGUGGAUUGCAGGAUCCUGCCGCCCAUUUUAUUUAGGGAUCCCAGUCAGAAAGAGGAGGCGGCGGCUAAGAGCACAAAGCAGGUGUGUGUGUGUAUGAACUUGCACACUCUUAUAUGUAAGGAUACAUACAAUGUGUGUAUAAUUGUAUAUUAUUGCUGGGCCAUUAGUCAUAACACAUUCCUUUUUGUGGGGUGGGGGAGGGAGGUUUGGUUUUAAUGGACACCACAAGAUUCGGGUGCCAACUUGAUCUUUUAUUUUGCAGUCUUUGCCAGAAUAGGUGAUUUUGACACGACACGAAUAUUGAUCUAAUACAGGAAAUGAUCCCUGUAGUAAUGUGUCUUUGUCACUGUAUGUAAUUAUUUUCUCUUCAGUAUGAGCGCUUCAGUAACCCCAGCAGCGCCACCUACUGUACAUGCAAUAAAAAGGGCCUGCAGCCUUGCAACACCUGCAUUAUUCGCUCUGCAGCAGAGCGGGAAUCUGUAUACAUUAUAUAAAUAUAUAUAUUUAUAUAUGUUUUGUGUGAUAAUAUCACAUGACAGAGGGAAAGAAGCAGCAUGUACCUGAAUAUCUUAUGUGUCUUUUGCCUCUAUAUUGUCAAGACCGUUUUUUUUGUGUGUUAAACCAAUAUUCGGUUCUACUGGUUUGUCUGAGACCAGUGACAUUACUGUGGCAUGAGCUACUACUAUUCAUGCUUUGGUCAUUUCUGGAGCUGCUAGUUAAUCAAUAGGCUGUGUACUUACAGUAGCUCAGGCCACAGAAUGUCGCCCUGUGCGUUUUAUGGAGGCAAAAUGGCUGUGAUCAUGUGUUAAUAACUCCAGGUUAUUUUAUUUUUUAACCAGUUUAAAAUAUUUACAAUGCUGCAGAGACCUACAACUAUCAGCCAUAGUUAUUUUGUUCUAUUUAUUUCUUAAUUUUAUUUCUGGACUUUUGUAACUGGUUUUAAAAUGUUCCUGCAGAAAGCAGUGUCUCUGAAUAAGCCAUGAAGGAAAGUGAGGGAGGUGUGGCAACCAUGUUAAAAGGGACCAUCGGUUUUUAAAAUGAAGAGCCCACGAUUGCUCCUCAAAUGAAGUGCAGAUUUAUUGCAAAGCCAAAUAUAAUGUAACUCUUUCCAGACACAGGCAACCAGGCCAAGCAUACAAAGCUGGUGAGGGUGGUUAAAUGUUGGGUUUAUAUUUAAAUAUCUAGGGUUUGUGCUAUGUGCUGGAAAAAAAAAUGUGCGUUUUGCAGAAAUAAAAAAAAUAUAUAUAUUGAAA